AUGCAUUUGGCGCGAUGGAAAUUUCAAAUGGCGAUGGGAAAGGUCGAAGGUUACAAGUCGUUCUUGGUCAUGAGCGAAUUGAUCUCUGCUUCCAAGGAAAAAGACAGAUACAGAUGGAAAGAUACCUACGAGUGUACUUUAACACUGGACAUCAGCGUCUUCCGUUAA